GCCCAUCGCUCGUUUCCGAUUCCGAACUUCACGAACUUCCCCCACUUCAAGAUCCAUCUCGCAAGGAAAAAGAAAAGAGAACAGAAUAAAACAAACGACCCAGCCCGACGACUACGCAAGUAGAUAUCAACCGCUACAAACUACCGCACAAGCUGCCUACACAACUCGAUUCCUCGACUGGAAGCUCAACAUGGGGAAGCUAGCGGACAGAACGUUCACCAGACGGCAGGUCGAAGGCCUCAUCGCGGACGGGAAGGGCAUCAUCGUAUAUGAUUCGAACGUGCUCUCGGUCAAUGCGUGGAUGAAAUUCCACCCCGGAGGAGACAAGGCGAUCCGGCACAUGAUCGGACGAGAUGCAACGGACGAGAUCAACGUACUCCACUCGGAAGAAGCGAGACGGCGGAUGAAAUCAUUCAUCAUCGGCAAGAUCGAGGGUCAAUGGCGGAACUUUCUGCCGCCCAUCCAGGGUGGAGAGUUCAGAGCGUACAACGGCGAAGAGGACGACGAGAAACCGACCCCGACUAUCGAGAUUCCCGAGUUAUGCGAAACCCAGUCCAGCUCCGGAUCGUCGUCCCCGACAUCGUCGGCCGACGAAAACAUCGUAUUGGAUCCUAGCCUCCGGCGUAGACGUGCCGGCUCGUUGUCGUCGUCCGUAACAUCGAUCUCAGAAACGCCGGGCCCAGUCGGUGGCCCGGGCACAUUCGACGCCGAUUAUCUCACCCGCAAGGCCAUCGAGGAAGACAUCGCAAAAUAUCCUUCGCUGGAUUACAACACGCAGAAAGAGAUUGCGAUCAAGUACCGCGCGCUCGAAGCCCAAAUCCGCGCCGAAGGUCUCUUCAAUUGCAAUUACUGGGCGUAUGCACGCGAGGUCACCCGGUAUACCGCUUUGUUCGUCGGAGCGAUGAUCUGCCUGAAAUACGGCUGGUACAAAACUUCGGCGUUCCUCGUGGGAUGUUUCUGGCAUCAACUCGUCUUCGCCGCGCACGAUGCCGGCCAUAUGGGCAUCACCCACAACUUCCAGGUCGACACCUGCAUGGGAAUCGUCAUUGCCAACUUCCUCGGAGGUCUCUCUUUGGGCUGGUGGAAGAGGAGUCACAAUGUCCACCAUAUCGUCACCAAUGACCCCGAGCAUGACCCGGAUAUCGAGCAUCUCCCGUUCUUCGCCAUCUCCCACAGAUUCUUCGGCAGCGUAUUCUCGACCUACUACGAGCGUGUUCUGCCAUACGACGCUUUCGCCAAGCUCUGCGUGCGGUAUCAACAUUACCUCUACUACCCGAUCCUUCUUUUCGGCAGAUUCAACCUGUACCGUCUGUCCUUGGAGUACCUGAUCAUGGGACUGGGACCUCGCCGGGGUGUUGCGGCCUGGCACCGGUACUUCGAGCUGAGUGGCCUCGUAGUCUUCUGGUACUGGUUCGGAUACGGUGUGCUCUACCACGGUCUCGAGACCAACUGGCAGAGAUUCGUGUAUGUGAUGAUCAGCCACAUGGUCACCAUGCCAUUGCAUGUGCAGAUCACCCUGUCGCACUUUGCCAUGUCCACUUCGGACCUGGGCGUCAAUGAGAGCUUCGCCCAGAAGAUGCUGAGGACCACUAUGGAUGUCGAUUGCUCCGAGUGGUUGGAUUUCUUCCAUGGCGGUCUGCAAUUCCAGGCGAUCCACCACCUUUACCCUCGCAUUCCUCGCCAUAAUCUCCGCCGGACCCAGAAGCUGGUGAUCGAGUUCUGUAAAGACGUUGGAAUCCCCUACGCCAUCUGGGAUUUCUACCGUGGCAACCGGGAGAUCAUUGGGCGUCUCGCCGAAGUCGCGAGGCAGGCGCAGCUCCUUGCGGACUGCCAGGCGCACAUGGCCAAAGCCGGAGAGUACGGUCAUUUCUGAGCGGCCCUUCCUUCCACCUCUUCCUCUUCCUCUAUCCUUUGGGGCUUUAGUUCUUUUUUUGGCUCUCCUUCCAAAAGAAUUAGACAUGCUACAUAGAUGCGAUA